GAGGCGGAGCGAGGCCAAAAUGGCGGCUCUCAGGCUGGCGCGCUCCGUGCUGCUGGGGCUUUGAGGUGGUCGCCCGGGGUCGGGGGGACGAUUUCCCCGCCGCGGGGGCCCUAGAGGAUGAAUCGGGGGCUCUGCUAAGGUCAGGCGGCGGGGCUGGAGAGAAGUGGCAGCAAGGGCUGCGGUGGCGUCCACGCAGCGGGAUGUGCGAGAGUUACUCCAGGUCGUUGUUGAGGGUCUCGGUGGCGCAGAUCUGCCAGGCGCUGGGCUGGGACUCGGUGCAGCUCAGCGCCUGCCACCUCCUCACGGACGUGCUGCAGCGCUAUCUGCAGCAGCUGGGCCGGGGCUGCCACCGGUACUCUGAGCUCUAUGGCCGAACAGACCCAAUUUUGGAUGAUGUUGGUGAAGCUUUCCAACUUAUGGGGGUUAGUCUACAUGAACUAGAAGACUAUAUUCACAAUAUUGAACCUGUCACUUUCCCACAUCAAAUUCCUUCAUUUCCUGUUAGCAAGAACAAUGUACUUCAGUUUCCUCAACCUGGAAGUAAAGAUGCAGAGGAAAGAAAAGAAUACAUUCCUGAUUACAUGCCUCCCAUUGUGUCUUCUCAAGAAGGCCUACUGGUGUUAUCAACAGCAGGACUUGGAAAUCUACAGAUGCACCUCAGUGAACCCCAACUUCUCUACU